GCUACACUGGGCACCUAGGCAGGAAAGGUCUUUGGGUCAGCGGCUGGGGAGCCGCUCCAGGGACGCCUUCCCUAGCCUGCAGCUCAGUGGGGCCGGUGUGAAGCAGAUCGCAUCACCGCCCAGGUGGAGGCAGCUGCUGCGGGCACAUGCCCGCCUAGCAACGUCUAAACAGCCAGAGUAGAGGAAGCCAGAGGUCCGUGAAGAAACGGAAGCUCCGGAGGACAGGGCUCCAGGAGCUUUGCUUCUUGGGGUCCCCUCAAGUCCUGGUGGAGACCUUUCACUGGGUAGCAAAUACAAGACUGGCAAUGAUGGCUUCCCCAGAACUGAAGGGUCUUGCUCCCUUCAGCAGGAAAUCUCUGGAACUUAUAAAGCAGCACAUCGCUAAGAAGCACAGUGAGGAAAAUGAAGAGGGUGAUGUAAAGCCGAAUCCUGACUUGGAUGUUGGCAGAAAGCUCCCCCUUACUUAUGGAACCCUUUCUGGGGGGAUGGUGUCGGAGCCCUUGGAAGAUGUAGACCCAUACUACUACAACAAAAAGACUUUCAUGGUAUUGAAUAAAAAUAGAACCAUCUUCAGAUUCAAUGCUACCUCCAUUUUUUGUACAUUAUCUCCCUUCAGUACUAUUAGAGGAACAACUAUCAAAGUAUUGGUACACCCUCUUUUCCAACUGUCAAUCUUAAUUGGUGUGCUCACUGAUUGCAUACUCAUGACCAUGAUUAAUUUGCCAGAAUGGGGACCAACAGCAGAGCACACUUUGCUUGGAAUUUAUACAUUUGAGAUACUUGUAAAAAUCAUUGCAAGAGGUAUCUUGGCUGGACCUUUUUCUUUCUUUGGGGAUCCAUGGAACGGGCUUGAUUUCAGUGUGACUUUGUUCGAGGUUGUAACAAGGUUCUCACCUCUAAACUUAACUUACAUGCUUCAAAUUAUAAGAACUUUGAGAAUUUUGAAAAUUAUUCCUUUAAACCAAGGUCUGAAGUCACUGGUAGGGAUUCUGAUCCAUUACCUGAAGAAACUUACUGGUGCCAUUGCCCUAACUCUGUUUUUUCUGAGCAUAUUUUCUCUAAUUGGGAUGGGACUCUUUAUGGGCAACCUGAAGCACAAAUGUUUGUGGUGGCCCCAGGAAAAUGAAAAUGAAACCUUAUACAACAGAACUGGAAACCUGCAUUAUACUGAAGAAACAGAAAACUUUUAUUAUUUGGAAGGAGAAGUAGAUGCUCUACUUUGUGGCAACAGAACUGAUGCCAGUCAGUGUCCUGAAGGAUAUGUGUGUGUAAAAGCUGGCAAAAAUCCUGAUCAUGGCUCCUCAAAUUUUGACAAUUUUGGGUGGGCCUUCCUUGCCCUAUUUCGAUUAAUGGCUCAGGAUUACCCUGAAGCACUUUAUCACCAGAUUCUUUAUGCAUCUGGGAAGAUCUACAUGAUAUUUUUUGUUGUGGUCACUUUUUGGUUUGCCUUUUAUAUGGCAAGUUUGUUUUUAGGAAUAAUUUUUAUGGCCUAUGAAGAAGAUAAACGGACAGCUUCUGAAAAAACUGAGAUUGAACCAAAAUUUCAACAGACUAUAAGAGCACUUCAAGAUGGAAAUGAAGUAGCUGAGAACAAAAGCACACAAAUAGAAAUGAAGAAAAGAUCACCAGCUUCCGUGAGCACUUCUGUGGAUAUGUUGGAAGAGUCUACUUUUGGACAUAAAGAGCUUAAAAAUUCCAGGAAGAAAUGCCCAUUGUGUUGGUAUAGGACUGCAAAAACUUUCUUGAUCUGGGAUUGUUCUCCCUAUUGGCUAAAAUUGAAAGACUUUGUCCAUAGGAUUAUAAUGGACCCAUUUACUGAUCUUUUCCUUACCAUAUGCAUAAUUUUAAACAUAUUUAUUCUGGCCAUGGAGCAUUACCCAAUGAGUGAAGACACUUGGUCUCUUCUCAACAUUGGCAACAUGAUUUUUGUUGGAAUUUUUACAGCAGAAAUGAUUCUUAAAAUAAUUGCCAUGCACCCAUAUCAAUAUUUCCAAGUAGGAUGGAACAUUUUUGACAGCAUUAUUGUGUUUCUUGGCGUGGCAGAAUUUUAUCUAACAAAUAUUGAAGGACUGGGUCUUUUUCGACACCUGAGGAUAUUGCGAAUUUUCAAGUUGGGGAAAUAUUGGCCAACGUUUAGGAGGCUGAUGCUCACUCUUCGUAACUCACUAAGGGCCUUGAAAGAUGGGAUCCUGCUACUGUUCACGUUCGUCUUCUUUUCCACUGUGUUUGGCAUGAAGCUGUUUGGUGAGAGAUACAAAGAAUGUGUCUGUCAUGUAGACAAAGACUGUCAGCUCCCACGCUGGCACAUGCAUGACUUCUUCCAUUCCUACCUGUUUGUGUUCCGGAUUCUUUGUGGAGAAUGGAUAGAGACCUUGUGGGAAUGCAUGGAAGUAGUAGGUCAAUCUUCAUGCAUUUGUUUUUACAUGAUGGUCAUUUUGAUUGGAAACUUGUUGAUCCUUUACCUGUUUGUGGGAUUUGUGAGCUCAUUUCAUUCCUAUAAAGAUGCAACAACUGAAGAGAACAAUGAAGCAAUAAAUGUUCAACUUGCAGUGACGAGAAUUAAGAAAGGGAUAAACUAUGUGCUUCUUACAAUAUUGUGCAGAAAGCAAAAUGCUCCAAAGAAAACCGUGGACCACGUAAAUGAUACAUAUGUUAAAGAGAAUGCUUCAGAUCAUACACUUUCUGAACUGAGCAACAUUCAGGAUUUCCCCAGAGACAAGGGGAAAAGCAGCGACACAGAGAAAAACACAAUGACUGAAAAUGAGAGUCAGUCACUUAUCCCCAGUCCCAGUGUCUCCGAGACUGUACCAAUCGCUUCAGGAGAAUCUGACAUAGAAAAUCUAGAUAACAAGGAAUUUAUGAGCAAGUUAGGCCAUGGAGACAGCAAAGGGAAAAUAAAACAAUCUAGCUCAUCUGAAUGCAGCACAGUUGAUAUUGCUCUCUCUGAAGAAGAAAUAGUGGAUGAACAUGAAAAGUCAAAGCAUCUAAUAACUGAUCGUAGGAGAUCCUCACCUAGUCAAAUGAGUAAAGAACACAAGAAAGGCAAAAUUUGGCAGAAUAUAAGGAAAACUUGCUGUAAAAUAGUGGAAAACAGCUGGUUUAAGUGUUUCAUUGGCCUUGUCACUCUGCUCAGCACUGGAGCUCUGGCUUUUGAAGAUAUAUAUAUCGAUCAGCGGAAGACUAUUAAAAUCUUAUUAGAAUAUGCUGACAUGAUCUUCACUUACAUCUUCAUUCUGGAAAUGCUUCUCAAGUGGAUGGCAUACGGCUUUAAAGCCUAUUUCUCUAAUGGCUGGUACAGGCUGGACUUCAUGGUUGUUAUUGUGUUUUGUCUUAGCCUAAUAGGCAAAACUCGAGAAGAUCUAAAGCCACUCACUUCCAUUAAAUUCCUUCGGGCCCUCAGAGUUCUAUCUCAGUUUGAAAGAAUGAAGGUGGUUGUGAGAACUUUGAUAAAAACAACUCUACCCGCUUUGAGUGUGUUUCUGGUCUGCUUUAUGAUCUGGCUGAGUUUUAGCAUCAUGGGAGUCCACUUAUUUGCUGGCAAGUUCUAUGCAUGCAUUGAUCAACUAAAUGGAGAGAGGUUUUCCAUGUCUGAAGUACUGAACAGAAGUCAGUGUGAAAGCCUUAUGUAUAAUGAAUCAUUAUCAUGGAAGAAUGCACAGUUGAACUUUGACAAUGUUGGAAAUGGUUUCCUUGCUCUGCUUCAAGUUGCAACAUUCAAUGGAUGGACUGAUAUUGUAUACUCAGCAAUUGAUUCUGUUGGUGUAGAAAUGCAGCCUCAUUUUGAGAGCAACCUCUACAUGUAUUUUUAUUUUAUCAACUUUGUUAUCUUUGGAUUAUUUCUCCCUCUGAGUAUGCUGAUUGGUGUUAUUAUUACUAAUUUCAACAAGCAUAAAAUAAAGCAGGGAGGCUCCAAUAUGUUUAUAACUGCAAAACAAAAGAAACAAUAUCGUGGGCUAAAGAGGCUGAUGUAUGAUGACUCGCAAAAACCAGCACCUCAUCCAGGAAACAAGUUCCAAGGCUUCAUUUUUGACUUGGUAACAAAUCAAGUUUUUAAUGUUAGCAUCAUGGUGCUUAUCUGUUGCCAAGCAAUAGCCAUGAUGAUAGAAAAUGAUGAGCAGAGUCUGCAAGUGGACACUGCACUCCACUGGGUUAACUCUGCCUUUGUGGUCCUAUACACUGUAGAGUGUAUACUGAAGCUCAUCGCCUUCCACUGUUACUAUUUUACCACUGUAUGGAACAUUUUGGAUUUUAUGGUGGUAAUUUUCUCCAUUACAGGGCUAUUUCUGCCUAUGACAGUGGGAUACUACUUGGUGUCCCCCUCGCUUGUGCAACUGAUACUUCUCUCUCGCGUCAUCCACAUCCUGCGCCUUGGGAAGGGACCAAAGGUGUUCCAUGACCUGAUGCUCCCUUUGAUGCUGUCCCUCCCAGCACUGUUGAACAUCAGUCUUCUCAUCUUCCUGGUCAUGUUCAUCUACGCCAUCUUUGGAAUGUACAACUUUGCCUAUGUUAAAAAAGAAGCUGGAAUUAAUGACGUGUCCAACUUUGAAACCUUUGGCAGUAGUAUGAUUUGUCUUUUUCAAGUUACAAUAUUUGCAGGUUGGGAUGGGUUGCUCAGUGCAAUUUUCAAUGGUAAAUGGUCUGACUGUGAUCCUGAUAAAAUUAACCCUGGGACUCAGGUUAGAGGAGAUUGUGGUAACCCUUCUGUUGGGAUUUUCUACUUUGUCAGUUACAUUUUCAUAAUAUGGCUGAUCAUUGUUAAUAUGUAUAUUGUUGUGAUAACAGAAUUUUUAAGUAUUGUUUCUAAGAAAAAAACUAGGAGCUUGAGUGAAGAUGAUUUUAGGAAGUUCUUUCAGGUAUGGGAGAGGUUUGAUCCUGACAGGACUCAAUACAUAGACUCCAGCAAGCUUUCGGAUUUCGCAGCUGCUCUUGAUCCUCCUCUUUUCAUGGCAAAACCAAACAAGGGACAGCUUGUAGCUAUGGACCUUCCCAUGGCUGUUGGAGACAGAAUUCAUUGCCUUGAUAUCUUACUGGCUUUUACAAAACGAGUUGUGGGAAAAGAUACAGGGAUGGAGAAAAUCCUCUCAGAGAUAGAAUCAGCAUUUGUAUUAGCCAACCCUUUUAAAAUCACAUAUGAACCAAUCACAACUACUUUGAAACGAAAACAAGAGACAGUUUCAGCGACCAUCAUUCAACGUGCUUAUAAAAAUUACCGCUUGAGACAAAAUGACAAAAAUACAUCAGAUAUUUCAAUAAUGGAUGAUAACCAGGAUGUCCAGACUACUAAGGAAGGUGUCUGUCUUGACAAAGCUAAGGAAAAGCCAGCUAUUCAAAGUCAGAUCUAAUCCCACUUGUGACUUACUUAUUUUCUUCAUGGACCCCAGGGCUUUAAAAGCUUAAGCAACAAACAACAGUCAGAGGAGAGUACAGAUAUGAUCAGUUCCUUACAACCAAUGAAAAUUAAGCUUGUAUUCAUUCAUAAGUCUCCAUGCCAAACUCAAUCUUAUAACCUUAUAUGUUCAGCCUAACCAAUCUACUGGGAAAGAUAAUGCAUUAAUUUUGCUGCGGUUAGUAAAGUUGAAUCUGCUACUUGGAAAUCUAAUACUUGUUUUUCUCUCUGGCUUAUUUGACGUGAGCUUAUUCUGAAGGAUAAGGGGAAGGGUAGUGAAGAUUAUCCUCUUGUUCCUCCUUCUCCUCUUUGUCCUGCUUCUGCUCAUCUUUUUUCUUAUAUUUUUUUCCUGGUGGUAGAAAUUAAAUUUCAUUGUCCAUGGGCUCCUAGAUCCUCAUCUCUUUGGCUAGUUCUACAUAUGCUCCAAAUCUACAACAUCAUGGCUGUGGAUUCAUACAGUAAGAAGCAUAAAUAAAACAGCCAGCUAUGGCCUACAUUUUCCUUAUAUUCUUCUCAUUUACACUCAUUAAAAAUGUAUGCAUUUACUAGAAUUACAUAAUAGAUAAUAUGUCAGUAGACUUAAUCCUUACCUUACUAUAAAACUUAUGUAUUUUUACCAUGUAUUUAUAAUACAUCAUUGAGUAUAUAAGCUCUGAGAAGUGCAUGUCAUAAUGAAUUAGCAGAUGGAGAGCUACUAGAAUGUCCAAGGAUUUUCACAGUAUCUUGACCUUAAAUUGGGAACAGGUAGCCACUUCAAAGUGUUUUUCACUGAACUUUAGCUGCUUAUAACUUAUAGACAAAAAUGAUCUUUCAAACUGUAAAGACCAAAUUAGGAGGUGAAGGUAUAACUUCUUGUUUUAGAAAUAAAUCCUAGGUAGUUUUUACUUAUUCAUUUACCUUUCCUGGCUUUUUUAUUAUAUCUCAUCAUAUAUAAGAACUAUGUAUAAUGCUUUAUAGUUGAGAAACUUUAAAACUCUAAACCUUAGUUUGAACUAAUGAAAUUAUUUUUAAAUUACCCACAAAUAGUUGUUUUUAGAUUUAUUGACAAAAGUAACAUCACUUAUAUCCAUGUAGUUUGAGAUUCUAAUAUUUGCUGCAUUUGUAUGAAAAUUGAUUUCAGUGUGCCUACAAAAGCCCUCAAGGAAUAAAAUAUUAAAUGUAUACUGUUUACUUAAAUGACAAAUUGAAAAUACAUUGUAUGACAUCCAAUAUCACUUACAUAUUGGUAAAUGUAUUUUAUUAUGAAUGCAUGAUUUUGAGCCUUAAGUAUUGCAAUCUAUUUUUGAAUCUCAGAAAUACAAUAACCAUACCAAGAUGCCUUUGGGGAAUCCCCUAAAUAAAUGUAAUUUCAGAGUUCUGUUUUUUUUCCGAUAAAUGCUCCUUUCUUAAUCUUCUUAUUCUCCUUCAUGUAAUGAAGACAGAAAGAUUCAGUGUUAAUUUAGUGAUGUGGUGAAAGCUGGUGCUUUGCCUACAUUUGCAAGUUUUGUAUUUCUUGGGAAUGGUUUAGUAUGGAAAUUGCUUCAGAUAAUGAUACUAAUUCAUAACAUGCUUCUAUAAUUCCACAGAGACUUCAUAUUGAUUUUCUUGAAAACUAUUGGCUUUAAUUGUAAAAUGUAUCUGUCACCUUUAAAAACCUGUACAAAAAUUAUUUUUAACAAAAUAAUAUAAUAUAUUCUACUUUUUAGAUACUAUGGAAAAUAAUAAAUACAGUAU